CAGACUCGCCAGAAUUACACGCCUGAAGCAGGCGGAACUACAUGUUUUGUGAUUAAUUGAAGAUCGUUUGGAUACUUCUACUUCGUUGUCUGGUCUGUGUAGAUUAGUUUUUCUGUUGGUCUGGACAUUUAUGUAGUAUAUGAACUGGAUUUUAUAAAAUGUCUGCUAGGAAUCUGGUAUGCGCUUUUGACAGCCAUGCGUCACUAUGGCUUGUCCUCGUUUCAUUUGGAUGUAUAGUCCAUGGACAAGUGAGAUAUUAUAUUCCUGAGGAGAUGGCGAAAGGCUCGGUCGUGGGUAAUGUCGCAGAGGACUUGGGCAUUGAUCUGAAAAGGCUGAGGAGCGGCCGAGCUCGUAUCAUAGCCGGGGACGAUAUGUCGAGCUGAACACAGACAAAGGAACACUGGCAGUGAGUGAGAGGAUAGACCGAGAGCUCGUGUAAACAAACCUCUCCAUGUAGUUUCAGCUUCGAGCUAAUCUUAGAAAACCCUAUUCAGCUUUAUGAAGUUACCGUAGAAAUCAUGGAUGUCAAUGACCACGCUCCUACAUUUCCCAAAGAUGAAAUAUAUAUCGAGAUUAGCGAGUCAGCCCUCCCGGGAGCGCGUUUCUUACUAGAUAGCGCAUUUGAUCCAGAUGUUGGAGAAAAUACAAUACAGAGCUACACUCUGAAACCCGCUGAUCAUUUCAUUCUGAAACAGGAAACUCGUGCAGACGGAAACAAAUACAUAGACAUGAUGUUGCUGUCGCCAGUAGACAGGGAGAGCCAUGAGGAAUUGUCCCCCGUUUUAACCGCAAUUGAUGGUUGCCAUCCACCGAAAUCAGGCAUGAUGAAAAUAAAUAUCCAGGUUUUAGACGUAAACGAUAACACUCCCGUAUUUUCCAAAACCCUGCAUAGGGCGUCAGUUCCAUAAAAUGCGCCUGAGGGAAGCCCUGUGGCUAAAGUAAGCGCAACUGAUGCAGAUAAAGGCAUAAACGGAGAGGUGACGUUUGCUUUCAGGUACAGCGCAGACAGUAACAACGGGCUUUUCCGAAUCGAUGCACAGUCAGGUGAGAUUUUCGUUUUUGGACAUCUAGAUUUUGAAAAAGCUAAAAAAGUACGAGUUAAACAUCGAAGCCAAAGAUCAUGGCGGCUUCACUGAUUCUUGUGCCGUGAUUAUUGACAUAAUUGAUGUGAAUGAUAACAUACCUGUCAUAUCUUUAACAUCAUUCACGAAUCCUGUUUGUGAAAACUCUCCACCUGGAACAACAAUCGCAGUGAUUAAUGUUAAAGACAUAGAUUCGGGAGAAAAUGGACAGGUGCGUUGUAGCAUAUCAAAAGAUUCCCCCUUUGUCAUUAGGUCAUCAUUACGGAAUUACUAUACGUUAUUGACAGAUGAAGAAUUAAACAGGGAAAUAGUAUCAGAAUAUAACGUUACUAUAACUGCCACAGAUGAAGGCUCGUCCCCUCUCUCUAGUAACAAGACUAUUACCUUACGAGUGUCUGACGUCAACGAUAACACACCAAUAUUUGAGAAGGAAUCUUGUAUUACAAAUAUAGUGGAAAAUAAUUCACCAGGUGUAUCAUUAUUCACCGUAAGAGCAUCAGACGCUGAUUGUUGCCAGAACGCACGCGUCUUCUACAUCCUUGAGGACUCUGUGGUUAACGGGGCACCAGCUUCCUCCUUGGUUUCAAUUAAUGCUGAAACUGGUGUUAUAUAUGCGGUGAGAGCAUUCGAUUACGAACAACUUAAAGAUUUCAAAAUCAAUAUUAGAGCGCAUGAUGGUGGUUCUCCUACUCUCAGUGGCAACGCAAGUGUGCAUGUACUUGUCCUGGACCAGAAUGACAACCCUCCUCAGGUUCUCUACCCAGUACAGACUAGUGGCGCUAUGGUGGCUGAAAUGGUACCUCGUCCAGCAGAUGUGGGCUAUCUUGACACUAAAGUGGUGGCUGUUGAUGUGGACUCUGGACAGAACGCCUGGCUCUCAUAUAAACUGCAGAAAACGACAGACAGGUUGUUGUUUGAAGUGGGCCUACAGAAUGGAGAAAUAAGAACUGUACGUCAGGUUACUGAUAAAGAUACUCUGAAACAAAAGCUCACAAUUGUAGUUGAGGACAACCGACAGCCCUCUCGAUCAGCUACAGUCAACGUGAAUGUAGCGAUGGCUAAUAGCUUCCCCGAAGUACUCUCAGAAUACCCUGACUUUACGCACGACAAGGAUUAUAAUGAUAAUCUGAUUUUUUAUUUAAUUUUGGCACUUGCUGUGGUUUCACUGCUUUUCAUUUUUUCGAUUAUUGCUAUAAUGUCCGUGAAAAUCUACCGGUGGAAACAGAAAAAACUAUUCUAUAAAACUGCAGCAAAUCUUCCCGUUAUCCCAUAUUAUCCGCCCGUUUACCAAGAUGGAAACCUGGGAACCCUACAGCAUGUAUACAACUAUGAGGUGUGUGGAACCACUGACUCUAGGAUGAGUGAUGUGAGGUUUGCGAGGCCGUAUAGCCAGAACACACUGGUGGAUGUGAGUCGAAUGGGGACAAUGCAGCGAGAAGAGAGAAAGCAGGAAGACGCUGAUGUCGAUGGAAAGCAAAAUCCACCCAACAAUGACUGGCGCUUAAACCAGCAGGGACAGAGACCUGGACCCAGUGGCACAUACAGGUACAGCACCAGCCCCCAGGAGAUAUGGACACCGUAUGGGAAGGCGAGAGCUGGCCCCCAUCCUGAGGGGGCAGGUGGUGUCGUAGCUGGGACAGGACCCUGGCCCAAUCCCCCCACCGAGGAUGAGCAGAUCCAGGCUCUGAUGGCUGCUGCCAAUGAGGUGAGCGAGGCGACAGCGACCCUUGGACCCCGCUACAACGCCCAGUUCCCCAUGCAGCAUGUGCCUGACUACCGCCAGAACGUCUACAUACCUGGCAGCACGGCCACCCUGACAGCCAACCCCCAGCAGAUGAUGUCCCAGCCGGCCCUGCAGGGACCGCCACAGGCCAUGCCCCAGGUUGACGUCCCCAACGCUGCCCAGACCCCCGCCAGCAAGAAGAAGUCCACCAAGAAGGACAAGAAGUAAGCCAAGCUAACACCAAACCCAAUCGCCACGGACACCAAUACCCUUUACCCCCACACUGCAGAGCAUCCUCCCUCAAUAGAAGCCUUGAUCUUUCUUUUUCUUAUGCUAUUCAAUCUGAUAGUUCAAUCUGAUAUUCCCAGCGUUGUGGAUGUACUGAGCAUAUGUCAAAAUGUUGGUAGUGGGCAAUUGCUGUACUUCUUACUCCUAUGGUCAUCACAGCUCACUUCAGGCAGAGGUUAUUGGUUUGUGGUGUAUCUGGAGUGGGAGGGGUAGAAGAGUGGAUAAAAGAAGAGGGCAUGAGCUGUAUUUUGGAUUCAGAUGGAUUUCAGGUACCUGGAAUUCAUAUAGUGAUCUAGCUCUGCAUUAUAGCAUUCUAAAGAAAAAAACAUCUGGUUGUUUGUUUUCAUUGAAACCUUUGAUGUUCCUCUAAAAUGCCAAGUAGUUGCUUCUUAUGAUGACAUGAAUUACACUACCUUCUUGUUUAUUUAGAGGACUUUCUUUAGCUCUUUAAGGCAUGAAGUAGACAAGACACGUUGCAUGAUUCAUCCUAAAGAUGAAGAACCACUGAAGAUAAGCCUACACUAACAUACAUUUGAAGAAAGAGGCUAGCUCAACUUCGUCACAAAAUUCCAAUUUCAUGUGAGAAUGCAUACCGUGGCAUUAACAUUUUAAAAUGUAAGGUUCAUUGUAGUUAUGUGACUAGUAAGCAUAAGAACAGAUUCUGAUUUUGUGUUACUUAUAAUGUUGACCAUCAAAGUAUAUCCAGCUGCUUUUUAAAAUCUUGUCCAAGCAGGAUUCUGUGGUAACUUAGAUCAUUUAUCCACGAUUGUCACCCUUUUCCCUCAUUAUUGGUAGAAUCCUGUACUGCAUUAAAACUGAACUUUGUUUAAAUAAUGUAACAGUGUAAAGGUGAUGGAUCAGUGUUUUAUAAACUUAGAACCAGCAUUAUUUCGAUAUUGUAUCAGCGUUGUUGUAACGUUGUAUUAGCGUUAUGCCGAGCUGGCCCAGUGUUAUUGGCUCUGCACUGUGGCCCUCUCUAAGGCUCAUAGACAGAGUCCUGUGACCACUACCCCAGGGUUGUGGGUUACGGUUAGGGUUAGGGUUAGACAGAGUCCUGUGACCCCAGGUUUGGGUGUGUGGUAAAGGCAUAAGGAGGGGAAAGGGUGGACAGUCUCUGUCCUCUUGCCACAUGUACAGUAUCUCUCCGGCUAUGACAGCCUGUGAAUGUGCUCUAAUCACUUCUUCAGCCCAGACCACAGGUUCAGUACACUACAACUCCAGGCACUGUAGGACGUUAUGUAAUGGACAGUUUACAGGAGCCUCUGUAGAAGCCUUGCUGUGCGUUCAAGGCAAUAUCAGGACCAUGGACAGAGACCACCUCCCUCUCCUCUCUUAGAAGCAGUCUGGGGCCCAGAGAAUGUUUUCAGCCCAUCCUUAACCCUGCCAAAUCCUCAGCUGCACUGACACUCUGCCCCCAUGUAAAUAAGACACAGCCAAUCUGAGAGAGAGACACCACUCUCUCACCACAGCCACACAGCUGGCUAGUACUGGAAUGUUUUGAAUAUUUUUCAGGAAAAAAAUCUGAGAAAAAAAUAAGUUGUUCAUAUUAAAUGUAGUGGUGUAGUGACUAGGAUUUGAGCAAACUCACUCGUCCAAGAUGUAAAUAAAACUAAAACUUUCAAAAGACAGUCGUAACUAGAGGCUUGUGAAAUUUUUUGUGCAUAUUUUUGUGUUCUCUCAAUCACUUUCUUUCUUUGGUCACACCAAACUUUAAAUCUUAACACACAACACCCACAUGUCUUUUAAAGUGUGAUUCCAUUUCCCUGCACCUCUUCCUGUGUUUGUGAUUUUGAUCAAUUGUUUAUGCUACUGGAAUGCCACCCUUGCUCAUAUGAAUAUAAAUAUGGGUCUUCUAAUCCUCUUUAUUCUAUUGUUUUAUCUUCUGUAUUAAAAUGCUUAGCGCUUCUCCCUGUUACACUUAUUUUAUAUGCUCAAAUUUAUAUCGCUGUUUAUUUCUUUAUGGUUUUUGUUUAUUCUCUGCUCACUGACAUUUCCAAAUACAAAUCUCUUUUGAAAUGA